CACACACCCAGAAAGGGAGACUUGUAUCAUAGUCACAGCUCAAGUGACUUUGCCUGGUCUCUCGCAGGGCCUCACAGAAAGCAUCAAAAGCCUGUAGAUAGGACUUUCAAGACUGAGCAAUAGCUCUGCCUACUGUAGGGUUUACCCCGAAUUAAAGGUCACAUUGAAUUAAAAUUCUUUGUUAAAGCAAUGAUCCCUGCGGGGGACAAGAGAACCCUGACGAAAUUCGUUGACGAAAUUCUAUUACGUUAGAAGAUAUUACCGCCUGCUUCGUGGUGAUAUCUACAAAUCAUUGUUCGUUUUGUGGGAAAUCUCUCUUUUUGUGUGUAUGUUCAUUGAUUCAAAACACACCUACAUCAGAGUAGUUUGGUUUCUUCACUUUCCUUUCCGAUUGGCUGAAGAGCAUUUACCAUGAUUGGCUAAAGCAUUUGCCAGUCGUCUUUCCGGAGCUACGACAGGAAGAACUGGAAGAAGAGGAUGGGGGAAAGUGGCCUGAACUCAGCUGUUUUAUUGGCUCCGGUAGCAACCGCUAAGUGCGUAGCAACUCUAAUUUGUGAUUGGCUUACGUGCCCGCCAGUCACACUACCGGAAACCAGUGUUCUUCUUGUACUCUGCUUUCCUUGCCUGAUUGGCUGUGUUGAGCAGGGUCGGCGAUCUCUGAUUGGUCCGACGCUCUACGCGGCCCGGCCUGCCCGCACUCUGUUGCCGUGGUUGCAGGCCCCGCCCUCCCGCUCGCUGACAGCGAGGCUUCUCCAGGAGGGAAGCGGGUCCGUUGGUCGGUCUGGAACGAGGCUGGCGCGGUUUGGCCCGCGCCUAGCCGUUGCCAUGGCAGCCACCGGCGGGGGCGCGGAUGACGAGUCCCGAUCCGGUCGCUCGAGCUCCGACGGCGAGUGCGCUGUGGCGCCGGAGCCGCUGGCGGAAGCCGGAGGCCUGUUCUCCUUCGCAGACCUAGGCGCUGCGCUGGGCGGCGGCGCAGGCCUCCCGGGCCGGGCAGCCGGCAGGGCCCAGUCCCCGCUGCGCUACCUCCAGGUCCUGUGGCAGCAGGACGCCGAGCCCCGCGACGAACUGCGCUGCAAGAUCCCCACCGGGCGGCUGAGGCGCGCCGCCAGGCCCCACCGCCGGCUCGGGCCCACGGGCAAGGAGGUGCACGCUCUGAAGAGGCUGAGGGACUCGGCCAAUGCCAAUGAUGUAGAAACAGUGCAGCAGCUGCUGGAAGACGGCACAGAUCCCUGCGCCGCUGACGACAAGGGCCGCACGGCCCUCCAUUUUGCCUCCUGCAAUGGCAAUGACCAGAUUGUGCGGCUUCUCCUGGACCAUGGGGCUGACCCCAACCAACAGGAUGGCUUGGGCAACACACCACUGCACCUGGCGGCGUGCACCAACCAUGUGCCUGUCAUCACCACACUGCUUCGAGGAGGGGCCCGUGUGGAUGCCCUAGACAGAGCUGGCCGCACGCCCCUACACCUGGCCAAGUCAAAGCUGAACAUCCUACAGGAGGGCCAUUCCCAGUGCCUGGAGGCCGUCCGGCUGGAGGUGAAGCAGAUCAUCCACAUGCUACGGGAGUACCUGGAGCGCCUGGGGCGGCAUGAACAGCGGGAACGGCUGGAUGACCUCUGUACCCGUCUCCAGAUGACAAGUACCAAAGAGCAGGUGGAUGAAGUGACAGACCUCUUGGCCAGCUUCACCUCCCUCAGUCUGCAGAUGCAGAGCAUGGAGAAGAGGUAGCAAGGAAGGUCCCAUGCUUUGCCAGCACCCUCUGUCCUCCGCUCUCGGUGCAGGGAAAGCUCAGGGGACUCCGGAAUUCCACCUUGCCCUUGCCCUUAGAUGCUGAGGGCAGAGCUGCUUCCAGACAGUCUGCAUCAUCUCUCUGGGCCAGGACCACAGCCCCAGCUCCCGCUGCAUAAUGCCAGCCUCUGUAGCCAUACUCUAGGCCCACGUGUGCUGUCCUAGCCGACACCACUCCUGUGGCCUCCCUGUGGCCUCAGCAAGCCCCAGAGCCCUAUUUCUUCCUAGCCACGGACUUAUUGCCGUCAUCUGGCUUUGGGUAGGCAUGCCGAGGCCCCCCUGGCUGCUGUGGGUCUCCAAGCUGGCCCUGCCCCUCACACCAGCACUGAAGUUUAGCCCUGCCCCUGACUUUCAAGGACACACUGCACUGCAUGGGUGUCUCUGAGCAGAGGAGGGACAUUGCUGAUGCCUAGGCCUUCAUAAGGUUAGGGACCCUGUUUAGCCCAAAGAAAGGUCUCCGGUUCCUUCCCUCCCAGUCGCUGAAACACUACGGAUGGGGAUCCAUUUUGCAGCCCAGUUGUCAGAGACAGACAGUGGUCCGUGUGCCCAGGUCCUCAUCCCAGGAACCUCGAGGCCUGGGCUGGUGUGGCAGGAGUCUGCACAGACAUAUCACCAGAGGUCUCUAGAGGAGAGAGGAUCCUGGAUCAUCUAGGUGGCCGGGGUCUCAUCCGGGUACCCUGUGGGAGGGAGGCGGGAGAUGACUGCUGCCACAUGGGUGUGAGAAGUGGAGGAGGAAACCAGGAGCUGGGGAAGGACUGCAGAUGGAUCACCCUCUGAACCCCCUGCAGGGCCUGGCUCUGCUGAGACGGGAUUGAGCUCAGUGGGACACGGUUUAGUUUCUAGCCUCCAGAACUGUGAGAAUAAAUCUGCUGUUUAAGCUGUU